AUGAACCUACUUUCAUUACUUGCAUUACUCAUUCAUUUCUCAUCUCAUUUUUAUGGCCAUUGUAUCACCAAUAACAUUCAUCUUGGUUCGGAAACUACCCUUGAUGUACCCAUGUUGUACAUUACAGGACUUGUCGAAAAAGCAUUUAUUCUCGAGACCAGUCAGCAUACACCUAACUUUCAGGCAGGGCUUAUUGUUGAAGCAACUGAAGACAAGGAUGGUGACCUACAAUUAACUGGCCAAAAGGGUGAGAUAGGAUGGCGAACCGCAACCUAUGGGCAAGGUAUAGAGAGGCUGCAAUUAUCAAACACUGGGAAUCUUGUUCUUUUGGACGAAUUUAACACGAUCAAAUGGCAAAGCUUUCAUUUCCCCACAGAUGUAAUGCUUUGGGGACAAACAUUAGACGUUGGAACAAAGCUAACUUCCUUCCCUACGAAUUCAAAUUCAUUUUAUUCAUUCGAAAUUCAUCGUGAAAAACUUGCACUUUACCUAAACUCAGGCAACUUCAAGUACUCAUACUGGGAAUUCAACCCUACAAAACCCCAAAAAAUCUCGUUCAUUCGUUUGGCAUUAAAUGGGUUACAGUUAUUCAACGAUGACAACCACAAGAUCGCUCAAAUCCCCUCAAAAAGACUCCAACGUUUAAGGUUUUUAGCCAUUGAGAACACAACUGGAAACCUAGGGUUCUACUACUACUCAACCACCACAACAAAAUUCGAAGCUUCAUUCCAAUCCCUAAGAAACAAAUGUGAUCAACCGAAUCUUUGCAAAGCCAAUGACAUUUGUACCCUUUCGAAGGAAUGUUCAAGGUUGGAAAUCGAGGGGUUUUCGGGUAACUUUUGUGGGAAUAGCAGGGUUGAUAUGCAGGAGUUACGUAGCGCAAUGAGCAUCCUGAAAGAUGAAAACAAGAAGAUGGUUAACAUGACGAGGGAAACAUGUGCAGGUUCUUGUAUGGAUGAUUGUACAUGUGUUGGUGCAUUGUUUACAAGUGGGAAUAACGAGUGUUAUCUAUAUGAAGAGGUUAGGGGUGUGAAGGAGGUUGAUGAUGAUGAAAAAGUGAGUACUUUCAUGGUGAAGGUUUUGAAGAAAGGUAGUAAUGGAUUGAAGAGAUGGGCAUUGAUUUUGAUUGUUGUUAGUGAUGGAUUGAUCCUUUUUAUAUGUUUGGGAGGAUUGUGUUUUUAUAUGUUACGAAAAAGAAGAUAAAAUGAAACAAACUUAAUUGU